AUGGUGGGUCUUUCUUUUUUAGAUCAAAAUUUUCAAGAAACAAUUGAACACAAGCAAAAAAUGGCAAGUUUCUUAGGAUUGUACUCCAAAUCGUCUUCUUCAUUUCUGCUUCUUUGCUUCAUUUGUUUUGCUUUGAUGAAGCUAUCAAAUGUUAGAGCAUGGAGCAAAGAAGGUCACACUAUGACAUGCCAAAUUGCACAGAGUCUCCUGAGUCCUGAUGCUGCCCAUGCUGUAAAAAUGUUGUUACCGGACUACGUGAAUGGAGAUUUGUCAGCGCUGUGUGUAUGGCCUGAUCAAGUAAGGCAUUGGCACAAGUAUAGCUGGACAAGCCCACUUCACUUCAUUGACACCCCGGAUAAAGCCUGCAACUUUAAGUAUGAAAGGGAUUGCCAUGAUCAACAUGGAGUUGAAGAUAUGUGUAUUGCCGGUGCCAUCACAAAUUUCACCACUCAGCUUUCGCAUUACCGCCAUGGAUCUUCAGAUCGCCGGCACAAUAUGACAGAGGCCUUAUUAUUCCUUUCCCACUUCAUGGGGGAUAUACAUCAGCCAAUGCAUGUGGGUUUUACAACUGAUGAAGGAGGGAACACCAUAAACUUGCGCUGGUUUAGGCAUAAAUCAAAUCUGCAUCAUGUGUGGGAUAGAGAGAUCAUUCUCACAGCAGCAGCGGAUUACUACGGCAAGGAAAUCGACCUCCUCGAAAAAGACAUAGAGAGUAACUUCACAGAUGGAAUCUGGUCUGAUGAUGUCGAAAACUGGAGGGACUGCAGUGAUAUAUCUGCUUGUGUAAACAAAUAUGCGACAGAAAGUAUAAACAUAGCCUGCAAAUGGGGUUAUAAGGGAGUUAAGUCUGGAGAGACUUUGUCUGAUGAUUACUUCAAUUCAAGACUGCCUUUUGUGAUGAAGCGAAUAGCUCAAGGCGGAGUUCGACUGGCCAUGAUCCUAAACCAUGUUUUUGGUGACUCCCAACAAGAGUUUCUAGCAGCAACUUGA